CCCCCCCCCCUGCUGCUCACCAUGGGUGCCGCCGCCGCCGAGCCCCCCAGCGCCAUGGGCCUGGUGUCCAGCGUGGUGAACGACACCCUCGAGUUCUACCGCUGGACCUGGAGCAUCCGAGACAAACGUGUUGAUGACUGGCCCUUGAUGCAGUCUCCAUUCCCAACACUGACCAUAAGCACUAUUUAUCUCCUCACUGUCUGGCUGGGCCCCAAAUGGAUGAAGACGAGAGAGCCCUUCCAGUUACGCUUCCUGUUGGUUGUUUACAACUUUGGGAUGGUUCUGCUCAACUUCUUCAUCUUCAAAGAGUUGUUCUUGUCAUCAAGAGCUCGAGGGUACAGCUAUGUCUGCCAGACUGUGGAUUAUUCAGAUAAUGUUUAUGAAGUUAGGAUAGCUGCUGCUUUAUGGUGGUAUUAUGUCUCCAAAGGAAUUGAAUAUUUGGAUACAGUAUUCUUCAUCCUGAGGAAGAAAUUUAACCAAAUUAGUUUCCUUCACGUCUAUCACCAUUUCACCAUGUUCACCUUGUGGUGGAUUGGUAUUAAGUGGGUUGCAGGUGGACAAGCUUUUUUCGGAGCUCAAAUGAAUGCAUUUAUUCAUGUCAUUAUGUACAUGUAUUAUGGAUUAGCAGCUUGUGGCCCUAAAUUUCAGAAGUACCUGUGGUGGAAACGAUAUUUGACCAUAUUGCAAUUGGUGCAGUUCCAUGUGACUAUUGGCCACACAGCCUUGUCUAUUUAUAUUGAUUGUCCUUUCCCUAAAUGGAUGCACUGGGGUGUCAUUUUCUAUGCUGUCACCUUCAUUUUCCUGUUUGGUAACUUCUACUAUCGGACUUAUAAGCUGCCCAAGGAACCUGUAAAGAAUGGCAAAAUAGCAAAUGGUGCUGUUGCAAAUGGAGUAAGCAAACCAGAAAGUAAUGCGGUGGUGGAAAAUGGAAAAAAGCAGAAAAAGGGAAAAGCAAAAGGAGAGUAACUUGAUCCAGGCCUUAACCAUUGUUGGCAGUGAGGAACCUCCAGUUUGGUUUAUAAAAGGAAGAGAAAAACACUAUCUGUACCAAUUAACCUUAGGUUACUGAAGAG